AUGUCUUCCCAAGUUCGAACCAGCCCAAUCCUCCUUGCCCCAGGUCCGACUGAGGUCGACCCAACUGUUCUCACAGCCAUGUCCUCGUGGGCAGAGUCGCAUUUUGCUCAGCCCUUCUGCAACACAUUUGGCGAUGUCUUGACGAUGACCCGCAAGCUCUUCCAGAGUAAAGAUCCCAAGGCCCAACCCUUCGUCCUUGGAGGCAGCGGUACUCUUGGCUGGGACUUUGUGGCCACCAACUUCAUCGAGCCUGGAGAGCCGGUCUUGUGUCUCAGUACUGGAUACUUCUCCGAUGCCUUCGAGCAGUGUCUCUCCACAUAUGGAGCCCGUACGAAGAAGAUGACUGUCCCGAUCGGCGAAGCACCUGACACUGGAGACGUUGAGAAAGAGCUGCGGAAGACCCGGUACAAAGCACUGGUCGUGGUCCAUGUCGACACCUCGACGGCUGUUCUCAUGCCGCUGAAACCCCUUUCGGAUCUGCUCAGACGAGUAUCGCCCGAAACACUGCUGAUCGUCGAUGGUGUUGCCAGCGUCGGCGCCGAAGAUCUGCAGUUCGACAAAUGGAAUAUCGACAUCGUGGCCACCGGUUCACAAAAGGCCAUUGGCUGCCCCCCUGGCCUUGCCAUCAUCAUGGCCUCCGCCCGUGCCAUUGAGGUGGCCAUCACGAGGAAAGCACCGCCGACUUCGUGGUACGCCAGUCUCCCAAGGUGGUUGCCCAUCAUGCAGAACUAUGAGAAGAAACAGUCCAGCUAUUUCGCAACCCCGCCCACCCAGCUUGUGCACGCCAUGCACGCCACCCUGACGUCGAUCCUCUCCCGUCCGCUUUCGGAGAGAUUUGAGCAACACAGGCGGAAAAGCGCCCAAGUCAAGGCUGUGGUGUCGGAGCUCGGCUUAACGCAGCUGGCCAGACAGCCACAGUACCAAGCCAAUGGCCUCACGGCGUUUUGGCUCCCCAAGGGGUUGUCAUCGAAGGAGCUAUUGUCCAGGGUCACGGAGAAGGGCUUCACCAUUGUGGGCGGUAUGCACAAAGAAGUCGGCCACCGUUAUGUGAGAGUUGGGCACAUGGGCUAUAGUGUCGUGGGUGAGCCAGAGAGUCACAUUGACCUCGGCUGCCAGGCUCUGAGAGAAGCAGUCCUGGAAUACUAUGCCAGCAAAAGUCAUCGCUCUGUACCGCGACAGAGUGCUGACUUCACUGAGCCAGCACGCGCAAACUUGUGA